AUGUCCACGAAGCCUAUCACACGAGUUGCUAUUGUCGGAGCUACUGGCCGCCUCGGCGGAGCCUUUGCCCAAUCGCUUCUGCAAACAGGGCAGCAUACAGUCACUGCUCUCGCCCGCGAAGGUAGCCAGGGACAAGUCCCCGAGGGAGUUCAAGUCGUUCGAGUUAACUACGACGACGAGGACUCACUUGUCAAGGCCUUGACUGGUCAACAAUUUCUUGUGAUUACUCUCGGUGUCCAAGUUCCCGAAGACCUCCAUGCGAGAAUUACCACCGCUGCCGCAAAGGCUGGCAUCCCUUACAUCAUGCCCAAUGCGUAUGGAUUCCCUGUCAGCCCCGGGGUUGUGAAGGACACAGAUUUAUACGGAAAGGUGGCUGUCGCUCGAAUUGCUGAUGCUCAAACCGGUGCUUCGUCGUCCGUAACACUGCCAUGUGGUUUCUGGUACGAAUGGAGCCUGGCAUGCGGCGAGCAAUGGUUUGGCUUUACGAUUAAGGACCGUAAGGUGACGUUUUUCGACGACGGCGCUCGCACCAUUAGCGUCAGCACUUGGGAUCAAUGUGGUCGCGCACUGGCCGCUCUCCUAAGCCUGCCGGAGUCCGGAGCAACCCCUGCACUUGCCGACUUCAAGAAUAAGGAUGUCCUGAUCAAUAGCUUCCGCGUCUCGCAACGCGAUAUGCUAGAUAGUCUGCAUCGUGUCUUGGGAACCACGGACUCUGAUUGGGAGAUUAGUCAUGAAAGUGUGGCUAAGCGUCUUGCAGACGGUGCUGGGGAGCUUGCCAAGGGUACUUUUACGGGCUUUCCUAAAAUGCUUUAUGCAAGUAUGUUUUCGCCAACCAACGAGACAGGUGAUUUCGCAGGGACAAUGGAGUUGGCAAAUGAUGUAUUGAAGCUACCGAAAGAGGACUUGGACGAAGCGACUAAAAGGGCGGUCGAUAUGGUGGCUCGAGGAUGGAACCCCUUUGGCUGA